GCUCGAGCUUAAGUACCUCAUGCGUUGUGCGUUGGCCAGCGUUAAGUCAUGAUUUUCCUGCCAAACACACUGCAUUGGGUGGACUAGAAACUUAAGUGGGUUAAGUUCAGUACCAGCAGUACCACGCAGGAACUUGCAGUUGCGCCUUGCUUUUAUUUGUGAAGUCUUUCGACAUUUUAUUUUACUGCUUUGAUUUGUUUAUGUCUGAAAGUUGGUGCGUUUCAAACAUAGAGCUUGUGCGAGUUGGUAUCGCACCUGGUACUAAGUAUAUAAAUAAAAAUAUAUGUGCAGUGAGUGAUACAAAAUGGGUUGUGCUACAGGUAUUGUGAAAUACUUCGUUUUCCUAGCGAAUCUCAUUUUUGCGCUAAUUGGAUUGGCGUUGAUAAUUUUGGGAAUCUUAUUCAAACUCAACAUCACUGAAGUAACCAGAGUUAUCCCGGACAACUUCAAAAUCGCCCCAAUAUUAUCAAUCGUCAUCGGUUCGGUGAUUUUCAUCACUGCCUUCCUGGGAUGUUGUGGUGCUGUUAAGGAGAGUCCAUGCAUGCUCACCACUUACUCCAUUGUCCUCCUCACGAUAUUCAUCAUUCAAGUGGCCAUUGGGGUGUAUGCGUUCUUGCAAAUCAAAAAUGAGGGACAACUUAGGCAGACUAUCUCAAUCAACAUCAACAGGACAUUCCAGGAUGGCACUCCUGGAGCUAUUGAAACUAGAGAUGCCACUCAGCGCUGGCUUCAAUGCUGUGGUGCGAAUGGUCCGGAUGAGUACUCGACUAAACCAUCCAGCUGUUGCGCUCACGAUCCCUGCCCUUCAGUGAACAACCCCAUGUACGUAGAAGGGUGCUCGGAUAAGCUCUAUUCUUUUUUGGUUAGCAAGUCGCAACUGAUCGCUAGCAUAGCUAUUGGAGUGGCAGCUAUUGAGAUUAUUGGAGCUAUUUUCGGUCUCUGUCUUUCCAGUUCAAUCAGGAACCACUACAGAAGACACAUGUACGCCUGAGGUUAUCAGUAGAGUCACCCGCAAUCUCCAAUACAAGUUCGUUGAUUUUAAUCGAAAACUUAACGAAUAUAUAACGUGAAUCUCUAGAAUAAUGCUUUUACGGGGUUUAAAUUUCAAGUGUUAAUUUUAUUUAUUAAACCUCUCGAUUGACUCUUCAAGUAGUGUGAAGACAUUAGACAGUUAAGUAUUCGUAUAAAAAUACAUCACUCUGUUUGUUUUUGUACAAUAUUAAUUCACGUAGCUCACGGUGCAAUUAAUUUGGUUCUGACAUGUCCGAUUCGUUUUGAUAUUAGCAGUAGAUCUGAAUUUAAAGUGUGAAGUCCGUCCAAAAUUUACAUAACUGAAUGCCCAGGAAAACGCAUAUGUAUUUGCGAAAAUUAUUACAGUUUUUACGUGCAAACAUUUUGUUUAGUCAAGGUUUGGGCCAUUUUGAUUAGAUUUAAAUGAAAUAUUUAUGUAAUUGUUAGAUAGUUUUUAUAUCUCACUAAUAUUCUGUUAAUAUGUAAGCUGUGUUAUUUAGUUCUGUUGUAAUUUGCUUUUUUGUAAUAAACAGUGCUUGCAAUUUACAAACA